AUGGUAGCACGGCCUGAGCAAAGUAACACCACAAGCGCACGGAGUAAGUACACUGCUUUGAUCAAGCUCUUUCGUAUGCGUACACUCCACGCAACUAGGGAUGGGGAAAUAAAGGCCAGGGCUUGUGGAGGAUAUCAAGUCAAAAGAGGUGCAGAUGUUCCAAGGGGUGGAGCCAACACUGUCGAUGCACUGGGUCUGUCGGUGAUGCAAGGACAAGGGCUGAAGUGGAUGGAAAUGGGUACCCUGUACGAGAAGUCGUUGCUCGGAAGGGCGUUUCGAGGCCUUGCCAACAGUCACCAAUACCUCCCGCCCGGAAAACAGCUCAACGGGCUGCUUGAACUGGUUAUCUCGAAUGGUACUGAAAGUGACGAGCGAAUCAAGGAUUGUAAUUAUGAGCAAGGGCUGGGAGAUAUGUGGAACCUCCGAUGGAGGCAAUUUGUCUUCCCGGGAGAUGAAUGUUACAAAAAUCAGCUGGUCGAGGAGUUAUUGAAAAGUGUAGCUUCAAUUGCAAAUAGCCAUCCAACGCCCGGACCGUCUCAACUCGGUGAUAUCAACUGA